AUCUCCCUGGUGGUGUCGACGGGCUCCCCACAAGGGGUCGUCUUCCACAACAACAGGCUGUACUACUACGACUCCAUCUAUGAGACGAUCAAUCGUGCCCCGUACCCGUCUAUUCGGACGGCCGCUGUGCUGCGCAGCAACAUCAAAGGCGUAGGGGCUCUAAAGGUCUACUAUGACAGACACGAAUGUGAGUUGCUUCUUUCAGUAGAUCUGUCACCUGGGGCCUGUAACCCCUGCCAUUGCAGGGGGGCUUGGAUAUUUAAGGGUCCCAAAUAUGUGGCCUGCAAAAACAAAACAAACAUCUAUUAACUUUAAAUGCAUGCUGAAAAAGUGCCAGGGGGCCUCCUAAAGUCACUUGACGGUUCUUCCUUGUUUACAAUUGGUCAGUCGCAAAACAAAAACAAUUGGUCAUACUUACCAGUAACUGACUGACAGCACCGCUACUGUUAAGUUAAUGGUUGUGUUGCAGAACCGCCACUGUUGAUUUAACGGUUGGGUUGCAGCACCGCUACUGUUAAGUCAAUGGUUGUGUUACAGGAAUACUACUGUGAAGUCAACGGUUGCAUUACAGCAGCGCUACAGUGAAGUCAAAGGUUGUGUUGCAGCACCGCCACUGUGAAGUCAAAGGCUGGAUUAAAAAGUGUUAUUACACUUAACAUUUUUAUUUCCCUCCUGUUGGUAGGAAGUAUAUAGAAAUUUACUGAAAUAUCAAAAGCUUGGCAUCAAAGAUUUCAAAUUUAUGAAAUGGUAUAAAAAUUGGCUUUAUUAUUCUUUAUAUCUUAAAAAUUAUCUUGGUGUUUUGUAGUUGUUUUUUUGUUGUUGUUUUUGGCUGUGUUCUUGAAGUGCAUUCAAAAAUUCAUUAAAAAAUUCCUUCAUUUAUUCUAUCAAUGCCAAAAAGUGUUGCUGUGAGAAGCUGUUCUGGCCCACAUCACACAUGUCAGCUUGAUGAAUUGUGUUGUCAGCUUAAUUGCUUCCCUGUCAUGCUAGGGAACAUCGCGCUAUACAAAUUUCCCCUGAUGGCUAUAAUUACUACAUGUUUUUUUUCGGGUGGGGGUGUGUAUGGUGGCUUAUGCAUAAACACGUGUUUUUUUUGUGCUGUAUCUCGUGUGAGUCAUCGGCUCCGUCUGGCCCCGCUUCACAUUGAGAUUUUAGAUUACGUUUUAAUAUAUAUAUAUAUAUAUAUAUUUUUUUUUUUUAAACAGAACUUGUCUCUUAUUUCCUGAGUGACUCAGUCAAACCUAGAUACUAGAUGUUAAUGCCCAAUGUACUCAUGUUUCAAUAGGGUGUGUAUGGUGGCUUAUGCAUAAACACGUGUUUUUUUUGUGCUGUAUCUCGUGUGAGUCAUCGGCUCCGUCUGGCCCCGCUUCACAUUGAGAUUUUAGAUUACUUUUUAAUAUAUAUAUAUAUAUAUAUAUUUUUUUUUUUUUAAACAGAACUUGUCUCUUAUUUCCUGAGUGACUCAGUCAAACCUAGAUACUAGAUGUUAAUGCCCAAUGUACUCAUGUUUCAAUCCUCACUCUCACGUGCACUGUCCCUUUGACAUUUAAUUUUGUAAAUGACUUUUGUCUGGAUGCAUGGCACAUGUUGUUGUUUUUUUUUUGUUUCAUUAAAUAAACCUGGCAGACAAAAAUUUCAAAUUGGCACACACAACAGACACACACCCCCACCCCCACACAUUAGUUUGUUUCAUUCUUUAUGUAGUAUAAAUGAUUGGAGACAUUUCAUUAUAUUUACUGAGAUCAGUGGUUUCAGACAACGAUGGGACAUUUAAAUAUGCUUAGUUAAGUACACCUUCAUUGUGUACUGAUUUGUACAAGUCUUGUGUCAUAGCUGGAGAAUCGAAUGCCUGCUCUGUGAACAAUGGAGGCUGUGAGCACCUGUGUCUGCCCAAGAGUCAGGGACACACCUGUGCAUGCAGUAUUGGAUUCAAACAGAAAGAGGAUGGAUCCUGUGCAGGUGAGACGUUGGAGGGUGGUGGUGAGACUGUGGAGGGUGGUGAUGAGACAGUGGAGGUGGUGGUGAGACUGUGGAGGGUGGUGGUGAGACUGUGGAGGGUGGUGAGACUGUGGAGGGUGGUGAUGAGACAGUGGAGGGUGGUGGUGAGACUGUGGAGGGUGGUGAGACUGUGGAGGGUGGUGAUGAGACAGUGGUGGGUCUGGGGAUGUGGUAGGUCUUUGCUGGGUCUGGAGAUGUGGAGGGUGGUGAGGGGACAGUGGAGGUGGGGGUGAGACUGUGGAGGGUGGUGGUGAGACUAGAGGGUGGUGAGACUGUGGAGGGUGGUGAUGAGACUGUUGAGGGUGGUGGUGAGACUGGAGGGUGGUGAGACUGUGGAGGGUGUUGUGAGACAUUGGGGGGGUGGUGAAACAAUGGAGGGUGGUGAUGAGACAGUGGAGGGUGGUGGUGAGACAAACGAGGGUGGUGAUGAGACAGUAGAGGGUGGUAGUGAGACAAUGUAGGGUGGUGAUGAGACAAGGAAGGGUGGUGGUGAAACAAUGGAGGGUGAUGGUGAGACAGUAGAGGGUGGUGGUGAGACAAUGUGACAAUUUAGGGUAGUGGUGAGACAGUAGAGGGUGGUGAUGAGACAGGGAAGGGUGGUGGUGAGACACUGGAGGGUGGUGGUUAGACAAUGGAGGGAGCUGAUGAGACAAUGGAGGGAGCUGAUGAGACAAUGGAGGGAGCUGAUGAGACAAUGGAGGGAGCUGAUGAGACAGUGGAGGGUGGUGAUGAGACAGGGAAGGGUGGUGGUGAGACACUGAAGGGAGAUGGUGAGUCAGAGUAGGGUUGUGAUGAGACAGGGAAGGGUGGUGGUGAGACACUGGAGGGUGAUGGUUAGACAAUGGAGGGAGCUGAUGAGACAGUGGAGGGUCGUGGUGAGACAUUCCACCUGUAAGCACUUCAGGCUUGUCUGCGAAGUACCAUGAAGCAAUGAUUUUGUUAUUAAACCUUAUUAAACAUUAUUAAUAUUAAAGAACAGAACACACUUAUAAAUACCCAGAGAUUAAGAUAGUCAAGUGUCAGUGACAUAAAUUAUGGCACUUGGUUCAAAGAUGUCGGGCCCAUCGAUCAGUUAUGGAUGGCCCAGGGUUCAAUUCUGAACAAUCAAGGGGUCAGUGAUGUAUAGCCAACUUUAUCUGGUCAGCCAGAAGUCAACAAAAAAGUUUUCCUCCAGGACAGUGCGUGGUGUUUAAAAGAUGUCGUUAAUCAGCUCAUAAUACUUGUCAACAUUAAACAAGCUUAGCUCAUUUUGUUGGGGAGGAUUUAAGUGGGGGGAGGGGGGGGGGGGAACUGCACUAUUUAAUCAUAAAAGAACAAAAUUCAACAGGUACAUUUCAUGUAUGGAAAGGCUUGUGUACAUCAACUGAAGAUUAAUGAGCUCUCAUACAGGAUGUGCAAUUUUGUUGGGGAGGAUUUAAGUGGGGGGAGGGGGGGGGGGGAACUGCACUUUUUAAUCAUAAAAGAACAAAAUUCAACAGGUACAUUUCAUGUAUGGAAAGGCUUGUGUACAUCAACUGAAGAUUAAUGAGCUCUCAUACAGGAUGUGCUCUCUUCUUAAGACCUAGGUGCAGUUGACAUAGCCCCACAUAGCACCGAUACUAAAAGGGUUAUUGAAUAAUGUUAAAAUGUCUCGGAAAGCCCUGUUCUUGCACUUGACAUAGCACCACCAAUACUAAACUGAUUCUGUAAUUAAUGUUAAAAAAUGUCUGAGGAAGCCCUCUGUGUUAUAAAAGCUAUUUUAUUUAGUACUUAAAUCAUAAUUUCAGUCAAGGAGCAGAAACUCUCAUGUACUCCUCCCCUGUGCAUAAAUGACUUACAACAGAGAGAGGAAGAGUGACAACAGAAAAUAUAAUAAGAUGUGGAGAGAUUUUCGUACUAAAACUUAAAAUGGAUUGUAAAAAUGUGUUCAUUUACUCUCUGACUCGGGCCAAAAAAGAUCAGAUCUCACAUCUGCAAUUCCCAUCCCCUGGUCUAUCGCCCUAAUUAGUUGUCUUGUGCCCUGCAAUGACCCUGAAAUUUCCCACAUUGUCUGAAUUCUUUUGUGGUUUUUUUCCACUUUCAGCCGAGAGUUCAUUUAUCGUGGUGUCAAUGUAUACAGUUAUCAGGGGUUUCGGGAUGAGCCGUGUGGAUGUUGAUGAGGCCAUGGUCCCUGUAGCUGGUACAGGUCAGUUCAGGUUUUCAAAGUUAUAGGUCUAUUUGGAAGUGUUUCUUUGCAAAAUGAAAAAUUUUGAAAUAAGGCAUGGGUCCAAUCCAAAGCAGUACUUUAGAGGUGACUGGAGUCCAAUCAGAUGCAGUACUUAAGAGAUGACUGAGAUCAUUUUGAUUGGAUCUUCCUCCUCUCCCUCGCUCCAUUCUCACCCACCCCUUUUUUACUACUUUUAUUUCAUUAAUUUUGGAUAGGAGAAUAUAAAAUAAAAUGUAACAGAGGAAAAUUUGUAAAGGAAUGAAACAAAAUUUGUUUGUCAUCUGACAGUGCCAUCAUAAACUGGAUAAAAACCAAACCAUAAAACUAUUUUUUUUAAUUUAAAUUACAUUUUUAAACAUUUAAAUCACAAUUUUUAAAUUUUAAAUCACAUUUUUAAAAAUAAAACUAAUGAAUUUUUUUGUGUGUAAUCUCUUUAUGCUGUAUAAAAAUUGGAUAUCCACAAUUCUUCAAAGAACGGUCAUUAAAACUAUUCUUUUUUAAAAUGGAAUACCCUAGGUCGAGCAACCCUCGCCAUCGAUGUGUACAUGGGAGCCAACUACAUUUAUUGGGUGGACUCCAGGCAGGUCACCCCCAGCACUAAGCAAGAAGUGGGCAUUCACAGAAUCAGACCUGACGGCACCGGUCUGCAGGACAUCCUGACAUCUGGGAUAGGCUCACACAGCAUUCAAGGGUUGGCCGUGGACUGGAUUGCAGGUUUGACAAUAAGAACUGAACAAGUCAUUGGACAUCUGGAUCUGCUACACUCUAAAACAGUUAUUUAUGUUAAUCAACCUCUGUAGCAGAAUGGAUUGUUUGAUGAUUGAACAAGUCAUUGGAUCUCUAGAUCUGCUAAAUUCUUAAACAGUUAAUUAAUCAGCCUCUGUAGCAGAAUGGAUUGUUUGAUGAGUGAACAAGUUAUCGGACAUCUGGAUCUGUUAGAUCCUAAAAGCGGUUGUAUAAUUAACCUCAGAACUGUAACAAUAAACAGACACAAGGGAUGGGGCUAGUAUCCUAAGAGUCUUGGGUUCAAAUAAUGCAAAACCAAUGGCUCCUCCCCCCCCCCACCCCCCACCCCCCACAUACACACACGCACGCAAGCACACACAUUUCAGAUAAACAAGGUUGGUGUUGGGUAAUAUUGUGAAAUAAUUGGUUUUGACCAACAAAAAAUACAAGGGAUGGGGCGAGUAUCCUAAGAGUCUUGGGUUCAAAUAAUGCAACACCAAUGGCUCCUCCCCCCCCCCACCCCCCACCCCCCACAUACACACACGCACGCAAGCACACACAUUUCAGAUAAACAAGGUUGGUGUUGGGUAUUAUUGUGAAAUAAUUGGUUUUGACCAACAAAAAAUAAAGUUAAAUUUCUGCUCUUUCCUAAUUGGUCAAAUUGUCUAUUUGAAAAAGUAAACUAUAAAUCAAUUGACCAAAAGUACAAAGUAGCUAAGUUUUAUGGAAAACUAAACACAUUCGCUGGCUUCUUUUUAUUAAAAUGAAAUCUCGUAGAUAUAUAUUUUUAAAAGCUUCUUGUUAUAUAACUCAGGUAACAUCUACUUCUCCAACGCCUUUGAUGUGGAAGUGUUUAUUGAGGUCACCAGGCUGGAUGGAACCUUCCGGAAAGUUUUAGUCAGGGAAUCCCAGGGGCAGCCCAGAUCUGUGGCAGUGAAUCCCGUUAAAAGGUGCACUGAGAUGGCACUUGUAACAUUUUUGUAUUAUUUAUACUUUUCAAAUUUUUGUUUUUAUAAUGAAACAAAUGUACCAUUUAAUGGCCUGAAUUACCGUAUUUACUGGCGUAUAACACGCACUUUGUCUCCCUGAAAAUAGGGGGCAAAUGAUGUGUGCGUGUUAUACGCCGAUAUAAUGUUAAGUUUUUUUUUCAUGCAAUUUCCUUCUUAAAAUUGAGGUGCGUGUUAUACGCCAAUAAAUACGGUAUGUUUGUUUUUAAUGUUGAAACAAUAUCAUGUACAGGAUAAACGAUAUCAUGUACAUGACAUUACAUUGGCACACCUUAAAGAGAAUCCUAAAAUGAGAUGAACCUCAACUUUGAAUGCAUAUUAUGGUCAACUUAAAUAGUUCAAUUUUUUUUUUUUUAAACUCAGUAUUUUGUCAUCAUUGCCAGUUGGCACCUUCUUGCUUUUAUUCCAUGCUCCUUGUGACAGGGAGCAUAAUGUUGUAUCUGUGAUGUUACCAGUUUCAAGCAGUCGCCAGAGAAGAAUUUAGUAAAUAAAAUAUCAUUUUUGGAAACAUAAAGACAUUUAUUAAUGCUGUGCUGUUUGAAAAAAUGUUUUUGAAAUGAUGUGUUUGGAAUAAUGUGUUUGGGAAAUGGGUUUGGAAUAAUGCAUUUGGAAUAAUGUGUUUGGAAUAAUGAGUUUGGAAUAAUGAGUUUGGAAUAAUCGGUUUGGAAUAAUGUUUUUGAAACAAUGUUUGAGUAAAUAAAGUAUUUUUGUCUCUCAGAUUUCUAUACUGGGCAGAUAUGGGUCAAACUGCAAAGAUUGAACGGUCACUGCUUGACGGAACCAACAGAACAGUCAUUGUGAAGACUGGCAUCAGUCUGCCGAGGGACAUCACCAUUGAUAUUGAGACUCAUGAUGUGUACUGGGUGGACGCCAUAGUAGACAGCAUACAGGUGACUUUUUUUUCCUAGACUCUGGUUUGUGUUAGAAUAAGAGCAUUAACAGUGAUGCAGAUUAACCUGCGGCUGCACUGUGGAAACCUACUCUAAUCUACGGGGUCGCCCAAAAAAUUUGAUAACAUCGCUUUAUUGUCAGCAGCAUAAAAAAGCCGCCAACGCUUAUAAUAAAUCGUUGAGAAGCAUGGAGAGUGGGGGGGACGACAAAUCGAACAUGUUUUCUGACUAGCUUAAUAAUUUUCCUACAACCGUCAAUGACAAAACCCCAUGAACUCAAUGCUAUAACUAUAAGCCUUUUUUUACCAGAUGUUCUCAUCUCACUUUUUUCUGGGCACUCUGUACAGUAGAUUUUUACAAGAUUUUUAUUUAGGUUGAUCGGUAAGGUGCAAAAGUAAGAGGAUAAGUGGGGGGAAGGGAGAAGAGACCUGGAAGCGUAAUUGCAUGGAAUAGGGUAGAUGGGUGUAAGUGUAAGGGGUCCAGGUGGUUUUAGAAUUUAGGGAGUGGCGAGGUUGAGGGUGGUGUUGUUAAGAGGUAGAUCUAUUGGGGUGUGAUGAGAGUCUCCAGGUUCGGGGGUGGGUUGCUUAAGGGAGAGAGGGUCGAAUUUUUUUUUCAGUCCACACGAUCAAAUUUUGCGUCAAAUUUCUUUUUGAACACAUUAUUUUGUUUUAUUAUAUAGUGUAGUGUGUUCAAAGAGAAAUUUGAUGAAAAUGUUCUAUCAAACUUCCAUCGAUCAAUUUCCCAUCGACAAAAUUUCUUUCAAAAAAAUUUACUGUAACCUUUAUAAUUGUAGACCAAGUUAAAUUAUAAAACUGUAACUAAUAGUCCGUGUGUCAUAGAGUUUGUGUCUUCACCAACAGAGUGUUUCCUUCAAUGGUGAGAACAGACGUUACAUUCAGACCAACACGCCCAACCCAUUUGGCCUGUCUGUGUUCAAGUCCUACGUUUACUGGGUGGACAGGAACUUGCAGAAGGUGAGUGUUGAGCUGACAUAACUGACCGAUGCCUCAGUUCAGUUUUAAUGUAGAAGUAAAUAUCCGUACAUUUCCAAGUAGGUGGCUCCUGGUUACAAGCUGCACUCUUACAGUUGUUUACAUAUUCCAGUGUUUUCAUUAUGAUGCCGCAGGGGCUCUAUAUAUAUUUAUAUUUCCCAUUUGUUAUUUUCUAAGAUGAAAUAUUUCCUUUCAGAUAUUCCGUGCCUUGAAGGCCUCACCUGGGUCAGCACCACAGGUCAUCAAGAGUAACCUUGACAUGCUGAGUGAUAUUGCCAUCUACGACCAGGUCAUGCAACCUCUGGGUGAGUCCACUUUUUAAAAAUUUGGGGCCUGCAACUUGUGACCCUCCAGCAGACCUGUUUACCCUCAAACUCUUAAAAUCGUACAAUAUCAUUCAAUACAUUAUCUUAAUAGUAAAAUAUAAAUAUAAAGUAUAUACAGUGUAUACACCUGAAAAUCGUACAUUGUACACUAAAAUCGUAAGAGUUAACAGGUCUGCUCUAUGUUGCAGAGUGGAACAUAUAAGAAAAAUAAAUCUCUGGAUAUAACUUAGAGGGUGAGCUCUAAAUAAUGGCACAUGUCUAUCAAUGGCAUAAAAUGUUUGAUCCAUCAUUGUGAUUCAAAUGUGAAUUUUUUCAGACCUGUUAGGCUAGGCAUGGUUUCUUAAGCAUGGUUUGAUAUUAAAUGAGAUGUUACUUUGUGCUUCCUGGCUCAUUCAUUGUAUUUUAAAUGAUUAAAUUCAAAUGGAAUCGUUCUCUGAAUCAUAACCAGAUGAGAGUAACCCCUGUUCUGCCAACAAUGGAGACUGCCAACAGCUGUGCUUUGCCAAACCAAACCAGACAGAACCAGACUGCGGCUGCUCAACAGGAACUCUGGGAGAUGAUAAGAAAACCUGUCAGGGUAAGUUCAUGCCUGCUUACAUUUCAUUGGCUGAAGAACAUCCAAUCCCUGCCUGGCCUAGUAAGUUGUUGCCUAUUUGUCAAUUGAAUAAGAUUUUAUUUCUUAAAUAUUUGUGUAACAGACUAUGUUUUCACAAGAAAACAGAGAGGUAGCAUGCGUGAACAGUGAAUUGUGUUGACCAUGUUUUUCCACGAGAGAGAGAGAGAGUGGAUUGUAUUUUUGAGAUGAAAAUGUGAGCUCCACGUUUUUGGAGAGUAAAUCAUGUUUUUGGCGGAGCGGUCGUUUUCCACGCUUUGCUGGUAAUAAAAGGGGCAGUUGAUUGAGAGAGCUGAGCGCAGAGCAGUAGAGAGAGUAGAGCUGAGUUAUUGUACAGUUGAGCUGAAUUAUAGCAGUGUGAGGACGUGUCUUUCUGAGUGGUGGAAUACUAUAUAUAUAUAUAUGUGAAAUGAUUACAUUCAUGCAAGGAUUAUUAUUAAUAUUAUCAUUAUCAGUGUAAAGUGUGAUUCAAUAAAGUACUGUAAGUUUAAUUCAGUAUCCUUCUUUGCGUGCCUGGAUAAUAAGUGGAAGAAUGAAGAAGUCUUAGCCGGCAUCCUGAAGUAUUAACAUAAAACAAGUGACCAUGCUACUGACAUAACCCACUAAGUUACAAUGAUGUCAGAGCAUAUGUGUUACAAUUUGGAGUACACUUUAAAAAGUUUUAAAAUCUAAAUAAAAUAUAAGUUUUAAUCUUUGACACUCAUUGAGUUCAGCCCCUGUAAAAAUGUUAAAUCCACAUAGAAUGUGGAACUCAAUGAAUAUCAAACAAUUCAAUAAGAGUUCACGCAUGGUUCUUUCAUCCAGCUCCAUCCUCUUUCCUCCUGUUUGCUGCUGAGACAGAGAUCCAGAGUCUGUCCUUGAACCCUGAGUCAACCUCUAACCCCAUACCUACAAUAUCGGAAUUACAGGUGAGUUGUGAGAUACCGAUGGUUUUCUGUGCAAUACGUCCAUGCUCUGCAAUCAAUGGACAUUCAUUCAAAUGAACACGGCCAACGGCCAACAUCUUUUUUACAAGGACCAAGUUAACCUAAAGUCUUUUACAUUUUGUUGAAUAUUUUUAGUGUGGAAACGAUUUAGCUCCAGGAAGAUCCUUAUUAGAUUAAUGAGACACAAUUUCUGUAAAUAAAUAGGUUCAGCUUAAUAAGGAUUAUACAGAAUAUAAAUGUAAACCGUUUGACACAUUCCUUCAUCAGUAAAAACCAUUCAUAUAAGUAUAAAUUAAAUUGACAUUAAUAUAUACAUAUAUAAAUAAAAUAUAUAUAUAUUUUUUUAAAUUUAUAUAUAUUUUUUUAAAUUUAUAUAUAUAUAUAUAUAUAUAUAUAUAUAUAUAUAUAUAUAUAUAUAUAUAUAUAUAUAUAUAUAUANUACAUACAUACACACACACACAUAUAUAUGAAUAUAUAUAUAUAUAUAUAUAUAUAUAUAUAUAUAUAUAUAUACACACAUAUAAAUAAAUAAAUAAAUAUAUAUAUAUAUAUACACAUAUAAAUAAAUAAAUAAAUAUAUAUAUAUAUAUCUACAUGUUUCCUGCCUAAAAAGAAUAGAAAAGAAUGAGAGUGGGUGCAAGUCCCAGACACAACAAGGAAGUGGGUGGAAUUUAAAUUUAAAAAAAAAAUAGGAAAAAGACAUUGUGGGAAGAUAAAAGAAACAUCUUGACUCAAAGUCAAAAUGUAAGAUAGGAAGGUCAUGGCCAUCCCAUUAAACCAUACUUUAUUUAUUUAUUUUUUAGCUAUUAUCACAUUAAAUUUGGCCAGAUUAUCAAUAAAUGAAUUUAUGGGUUUUAACUGGCAUUUGAAUAAGUUUUCCCUCUCUCAUCCCAGGGAGCAGUGGCCAUUGAUUAUGAUGCUCAUGAGAACUACAUCUACUUCAGCCAAGUCAACUCUAAGAAGAUCAGCCGGGUCAAGAAAGGCUCCACCGUUGUGGAAGAUCUGAUGUCUCCAAGCAUGAAUACAAGUGAGGGGGAUAGUCGACCUGUUUUGUAAUGAAGUAUUAUCUGUAUUCAGUUUGAGGGGUGGUAUUGGUGCUUCACAGAGUUGUGGUAUUGGUGAACCACAGCGUGGUGGUAUUGGUGAUCCGCAGAGAGGCAGUAUUGGUGAACCACAUAGUGGUGGUAUUGGUGAACCGCAGCGUGGUGGUAUUGGUGAACCGCAGCGUGGUGGUAUUGGUGAUCCGCAGAGAGGCAGUAUUGGUGAACCACAUAGUGGUGGUAUUGGUGAACCGCAGCGUGGUGGUACAGGUGAACAACAUCAUGGUGUAUUGGUGAACCACAGCAUGGUGGUAUUGGUGAACCGCAGAGUGGUGGUAUUGGUGAACCUCAGAGUGGUGGUAUUGGUAAACCACAGCAUGGUGGUAUUGGUGAACCGCAGCGUGGUGGUAUUGGUGAACCGCAGCGUGGUGGUAUUGGUGAUCCACAGAGUGGCAGCAUUGAUGAUCCACACAGCAGAAAACAAGAAACUCUUUGCCCAAUCCCCCCAAAUGUCCAAUCCUUGUAGUUUCCUACCUCAAAGCUGAGACUCAUUUAGUCGGAUAGUUGAAAUGGCCAUCUGAUGUCUCCUCAUUCGACCCCAUUUUGUGGGACAAAUAAGCUGGCUGCUCACAUGUAAGAUAAGACUAAUGUGGGAUCCAAGGAUCUCUUCCGGCAGCCUCAUGGUAGAAGAGACUUGAAUGAUCAUGAAGACGGAUCAGCUUGCAGAACAACCCAACAUAAUGGGUGUCCUUAAGAUGGAUUUGCUGGGGAAUUUUGCCCCAAAUCAGUGAUAUUUUAAAUACAUUUCUAUGGCUCCUAUAUAAAACUUUUCAUAAGGACUGAUUCAUAAGGACUGAAAUAACAAUAAAAAUUUUAAAUCAGUUAAGCCAGAAUGUUCUAUGUGAAACUUGACCUUUCAGCUCCGGGAUACGUCCAUGAUGUUACCUCGGUUGAGGGAAUCGCCUUCGACUGGGUCGGCAAGAAGCUCUACUGGGCCGAUCUGUUCAGGAAUCGUAUCUACAGCAUCAAUGUCAACCUGACCUACAAAGUUGUCAUUGCUACAGUUCAGAGUCCAAGGGCCCUGGCCAUUGACCCCUGUAAAGGGUGAGUGGUCAUCUUUGCUGAAUCAAGGGCUCAUUUUGUGAAGGGGAGGGCAGUUAGCUAUAGGCUCAUGUAUUCUUUGAUGACAUUAUGCAUGCCCCUGAUUGUUAUCCCAAAGCCUGUAUUCAUCUUCAUGUUUUUAUUAUCUGAACUCAGGUACAUCUACUGGUCAGAUUGGGGCCACACUCCCAAGAUAGAGAGGGCAACCAUGGCUGGAAACCAGAGACAGGCCAUUGUGUCCACCGAUCUAGGUUGGCCUAAUGGGCUGACAGUGGAUUAUGAAGAGGAAAAGAUUUACUGGGCAGAUGCACAAAAGUAA